AUGGCAGAUUUCCUUGAUGGGGCCCUGCAAAAAAAACCAAACGGUACUAGCCCCACCCACCUCUUCCUGUCCAACCUCUCAGACAAUGUCACAGUGAAGUUGACUGCGAAUAUCAUUGGUAUCCCGGGAGUAUCGUCCAUGCUAAAUUUAUUGGGAUUUCGCUUUCAGUCUCUGGCACCAGAACCAUCCAAAAUGGGAGACAGAACCUUCUUAAUGACAUGUGAACAAGCAGGAAUGGGCGAUGUUUCGAGUCUGUCUACACUCCCCAUAUCCCAUGCUCACCCUGUGGCUGUAAUCUUCCCUCACUGGAAUCCUGAUAGGCUGCUUGGUAUAGCACAACAAGCCAUCGCCGCUCUGAUUGAUCUCAGUGCCUGCUCUCAGUGUGUGAAUGCCUUGAUCUGGAUUCUGCCACUGACCUGUGAACGACUGGAACAGCUGAUCAAUUUGCUGGAAAAGUGCCGGUCACCACCCACAGUGUGCCCUAAACUGUUGGAGAAAGAGGUGGCAAGCCUAUGGAGCCAGCCCCAUUUCCGAGACUUCCUUCAGGUUAUUGGAUACGAGCAAGCUGGACGCUAUCUGCUCCACAACCCCAGGGACCUCAACAAGUCACUGCUGCUAGGGAGUCUCAACCUCUUCUUAGCUCUACGUCCACAGCCAUUACAGAGUCUGUCCAAACCAGACCCUCAGCAACACUCCUCAGAGAGUUUGAGAGAACAGCAAUCCAGAGAGGUUCAUCAGGAAGCAGUGGCACAGAGAGAGAAACAAUCCAGAGAGGGCCAACUGGAAACAGUGACACCGAAACAGAAACAAUCCAGAGAGAGUCAACAGGAAACAGUGACACUGAAACAGAAACAAUCCAGAGAGAGUCAACAGGAAACAGUGACACCGAAACAGAAACAAUCCAGAGAGAGUCAACAGGAAACAGUGACACUGAAACAGAAACAAUCCAGAGAGGUUCAUCAGGAAGCAGUGACACAGAGAGAGAAACAAUCCAGAGAGAGUCAACAGGAAACAGUGACACUGAAACAGAAACAAUCCAGAGAGAGUCAACAGGAAACAGUGACACAGAGAGAGAAACAAUCCAGAGAGAGUCAUCAGGAAGGUUCAGUACAUACCGGGAGAGAUAAGAAAACCAGACAGGCCUCUCAGCAAAGUUUACUAACUACCAGAAGAGACAAGAAAACCAAAUGUAUCUCUCAGGAAAGUUCAACAGAUACCAGGAGAGACAAGAAAACUAAACAGAUCUCUCAGGAAAAUUUAAUACAUACCAGCAGAGAUAAGAAAACCAGACAGGGCUCCCUGGAAAGUUCAAUAGAUACCAGGAGGGACAAGAAAACCAGAGAAGACUCUCAGGAAAGUUCAAUAGAUACUGGGAGAGACAAGAAAAUCAGAGAAGACUCUCAGGAAAGUUCAAUAGAUACUGGGAGAGACAAGAAAACCAGAGAAGACUCUCAGGAAAGUUCAAUAGAUACUGGGAGAGACAAGAAAACCAGAGACAGCUCUCAGAAGGCCACAUCAGCAAAAAGCAAGAAAAACAGACAGAGGCAUCCUGAAACUACAGCAACAAGAAAUAAGAGAACCAAACAUGGUUUGCAGGAAGCCUUAGACCUGAGUAAUAAACAAUCUGAUCAGGAAACUCAGCAAACUGCAAAGGGCGCCACAUAUCCACAUGAAAAGUCAAAAGUCUAUCUAAACACUCUGAAGCCAUUGUUGGUGCUGAGACACCAGGUAAAGACCAACUUGCUGAGGAUAUAAAUACGAGGCAGGAUCCAUUUUCUAAUUACAGCUGGAUCUGUAGCCAUAAACAUAGAAUAAUAAUCACAGGACUCAAAAUUAUUAUCACUACAAACUGACAAGAAGAGAAAAAGGGAACUGAGUUUUACAUUGUCUCCACAACUCCUUUCUUAUCCAAUAUAGAACCAUAGUCAUACCACACAGAAACAGACCCUUGGGUCCAACUUAUCCACACUGACAAAACAUCCCAAACUGACCUAGUUCCAUUUGCCAGCACCUGGCCCAUAUCCCUCUAAACUCUUCCUAUUCAUUUACCCAUCCAAAUGCU